AUGAAGGACAGCGAAUCUCCGGAUUCCAGAGGGAAGAAGCCUCGGAGAAUAUUGUUCAAUCUUGAACUUCCAGCCGAUGAAUACAUCAGUGAUGGAGAAGAACCAGGAGGAGAUUUCAUGGGGUCAGAAAGAAGCAGUGGUUUGACUGAUCUGAAUGAACCUAUUCAGAUAGACAGAGUGUCCGCUUCAACUUCUGUCUUUAAGUUUGGCAAUGACUUCAGCUCCAAAGAGGAUAUAGAAAGGCAGGUUUUAUCUGCAAAUGCCUACAAAGGUGUCUGGCCUUUUGCAAAGGAAUCCCAGAAAACCCACAAAUGGGGAAGGAUGGAAGAGUUAGUAAUCUGCAUUUAA